AUGAUAUGCAUCUCAGGAAGAAAAGGAGGAGCGGAUGAGAUCUGUCAAUCAGGUACCUUCAAUGAAAUGAAGAGCAACUUACAGUGGAAGAAGAAUUAUAUAUUGUUGAUGUACCCAAGGUUUCUUCAAUUUAUCUUUAAUGAUCAAUAUCCGAACUUGGAAAGAACAGGAAAAACUUUGGAUAUGAAAUCCUUGGGUCAAAACACCUUUGGAUUGAUAAAGCAACAUCUUAAGGGUUCUAAGGUUGUGUUCCGAGAAACAAGCCCUUUGGUGAUGUUUGGAAGAUUUGCAGAAAUAGAAGAAGCUCUUGUUCCUCAAGAUAUUACGAUCCAUGAGCCUGAAGUUGUUGCUGAUGUUACUCCUCCCGUUGCAAUCAUGGCAGAAGAGCAUGUUCCUGUUCAUAAUGUUGUUGAUCAUGAUAAUGAAGAAGGAGAAAGGAUUGAUGAAGAGGGUGUCGAAAGGGGUUUUAAUGAUGAUGAUUUCAUGUUUGAUUUUGAGCUAUGUGAUGAUGAUAUUUGUUCGUUAUUUGGGUCUGAUGAAGUCAAUGAAGUUAUGAGCUCUCCAACUGAGACUAGGGAGUUACAAGCAUUUUCAGGCUGCCAUCUCAAUCAUCCGCUAAAAUGGAUGCCGUCAUUUCUCUUUUGGAUUCAACUGAGAGGAUUCCUCCCCGAGAAGUUGUCACUCUAA